GCAGCAACUCGCUGAACGGACGGCAAAGAAUCACACCUUGGAAAAGGGUUGGUCCUUCAGAAGUUCUUUCCUUGACGGAUGAGGAGUUCAAAACACUUGGGAUCGAAACCAUUGGCGAAAGAGCUAAACUCAGACAACGCUGCAAAGAUUUCAUCUGUGAAUCUAUACCAGAAUCACCAAUUGUCCAACGAGUGAAAAUGUUUCAGUCAAAGAGGCGACGACAGUCAUCAUGGAGGGCUGACAACGGAGCCUUCAGAAGUUCGAAAUCAGCAACAAGGAAGAUCAAAUUAGGAUGGAAACACCAAACCACUGGCUCGUUCAAACUGAUACCUGCAAGUAAGGGAGGGGGUGCCCAUGACAUUGAUGCCGAGAAGCACCUCUCACUGGCUGAGCUGGAAAACAAAACUGUCGACGAAGCUGCUACUGAUCACAUCCUUGUGACACUCAAUGACCCUAAGGCUGAUGAGCAAGAGGAUGUCAACGGAACCACCUCAGAUGACCAACAUCAGAUGACCAACAUUCAUCAACAUUGUUCUGAUGAACAGGAGGAACUCGAUGAUCUAACAGAACAUCAACAGCACAGUAGUGCGAUUGUGGUGAACAUCACUCAUGAAGACACAGGAGUAGACCACCUGCAGCCAGACACAAUUGUUGCAGACAUAAGUUUGACAAACAUCCUUGAAAGACUGGCAGCCAAAACUAAAGAAGGAAGAUCAAACAUAGUGAAUGUGUCCCGGUAUGCUAUGCUGCAGGGAGCCACAAGGGCGUUUAGACGACACUCAUUUGAUCCGAGAAACCGUCUGUCAGUCAAGUUUGUCGACGAGUGUGGUAUCGAUGAGGGAGGGCCAUCGAGGGAAUUCCUCCGGCUGCUUAUGAUAGACAUAGCUAACCUACCGAUUUUUUGCGGACCGGAGAAUUCAAAAAUGCUCGACCUUAACUACCAAGCUUUGCAAGAUCGGACAUACGAACUUGUUGGACAGAUGAUUGCAUACUCUAUUGUGCACGGUGGACCACUACCCAGUUUCCUCCAUCCACUUCUGUGUGAUGCCAUGGUCCAUGGCAUAGACAGCGUUCAGCCAACAACAGACCACAUUAUGGACCACGAAUACAGGGAUCAAGUGGUGAAGUUAUCUCAGGCCGAGGAUUACACGGCCUUUGAAGACCUGAUUCAGAUGGCAGGUUGUAUAUCCAUGGUCCAUACGCUGAGCAGGCGACAAGAAAUGUGCAAGGCCAUAACAAAAUUCAUUGUGUUCGGACGUGCACAUCAAGGUUUUGACCAAUUCUGCAGAGGACUUGAAACGCUUGGCGUAUUAGGAGCGCUAAAACAUCAUGGAACACGCAUGAAAGAAGUUUUUGAAUAUGAAAAAAGGCUUCUGGAUUCUACAACAAUAGAACUAUUGUUCGAAGCAGAUUUAGCAAAGGCCAACUCCAACCGACACCGCCAAGAAGAGAUUGUUCUCUCAAACUGGAGAGAUUUUCUUCUUGAUUUGGAAGAAGGUACGGAAGUCCCCACACUCAAAGACCUCUUGGUGUUUGUGACCGGGGCUGACGGAAUCCCGCCUCUGGGAUUCGACCCCUCUCCACGCCUGCUGUUUCACUCGGCAGAAAUUGAAUCACCUGAAGACAAGAAGAAUUUCCUUUUUGCAAACACAUGUGCAAACAGUUUGUCGCUCCCUAUGUUAGUUGACUAUGAGCUUUUCAAGAAGAACAUGGUUGCUGCCAUACAAAUCAAACUUUUUUACAACUGAGUAGAACUGUGACAUAAAUAACAAUGUACAACGAA